ACGCGCGCGUUCAACGCGGCGGAAGUGAAGUGCGAGGUAAUUUAGCUGAAAUACAGUUGCUCUCUAAAACGUCAAAUUAUUUUUUCCCGAAUAUUUUAUGAAAGUGCAUUUGAAAUACCACACUUUAGUCUGAUUUCUCUCUUCGACAAUAUUGUCACUGACGUAUUACAAACUGAUCCACACAUCGGUAAAGUUGUUGGCUGCUGUUUAGCCAGCUGAGCUAGCUAGUAACGUUACAGUGCCACAGACAAGAGGGUUAGCUAGCUAGUUGUCAGUAUCUUUGGUAUUGCUGCUUCACUCUCAGUGACUUGGCCAAUUUAGCAAACUUGGUAGCGUUAGGCUGUGUGGGUAUUUUUUUUGUUUUUUUAUCUCCCUAGUAGAGCAAUGAAUUCCUGUUUACAAAACGAAGAAAACGCUCGUGCAGUGGAAAAUGCUAUCAGAAAAGCGGUAAAUACUGUCAUGGAUGUUAUUUACAAUAUGAACAGUACCAAAAUACUGGAAUAUGAAAGGAAGGUGGCAGAGAGGGACAAAGAAAAUGAAACGCUUAAAUGUAAGCUUAAAAAAGCUGAAGAGGAAUUAACAGCAUUUCGAGUAGGCCUAUCUUUUGAAUUUUCUGCACUUUCACCAGGAAGAGAUUUUGGGAAACCGAUGUGCAAUGAGAACGAGGUGGGAAGCGAAACUGAUUGGAGAAUGGAUUUCCCCAGUCUCAAUGCAGGGACUCCUGGGCUUUCAGCAGAGAGAACCAGAGGCCAAUCCCCAUCAGCCACUCCAGUCACCAGCCCAGUGAUAAAAGAGGAGCCUGCUGACACUGGGUCCUUCUACAUCAAAUGGGAGAUGAGUGAGGAGAGCAUUGCGGAACAACAGGAGGGCUUAGGCCCGAUGCACGUCUUGGGGAAAGAGUCUGAUGGAACGUCUUCUGUUGCUGGUAGCCAGAGUCCAGGCGAUAGACGUUCAGAACUGUCUGAGGAGACAUCGACAGAGCGUGUGAAAAGGAGGCUGUCAAGCGCAGAGACACAGCGGCAGUACAGAGAGAGAAUCCGUGCUGACCCUGAGAAGUUGCGAGCCUACAAGGAAAGGGCAAAAUGCAGGGAGGAUGAUGAUUAUGAUGAGGAUUGGAUCAGCAACUUUCAUGUCCCUUGGCAGCAGACGCCUGAAAGCCUCAGGCGAGCCAUUGCAGAGAGACGAAGAGUCGAGGCGGCAGAUAGGCGGCUGAUGGUGAGGAUCACCGUUGAUGCAAUGCGUGUACACUGCCUCAACCCCAACAAGAAAGUAUGUGCAGAAAUUGCCAAAGCUAUAGUUUCAGAAUAUCCAGAGAGCUUUGCAGACCUGUCAAAAGAAGGGGAACUGCUUAGCAGAAGGUACUCCUCCUUGCUCACCCAAUUAAAGACCAGAGUGGAGCAUGUGAACCGGAACACUGAAAAUAGAAUACGCAGACCCAAGACGAGCAAAAAAGGGGAAAAUGGCAACAGACAAGUCAAAACAGCAAGAACAAAAGUGGACAGUUAUGGGUGCAUAAACUGGCACCCACAGGACCUUCCAGAAGGAGAAACUCCUGACUCCCUGGAAAAUAAGAGACAGAUUAUGGCCACCAUUUUCAACAGUGCAAGCCCCAGAGGUGUGGGCAGGGGAGACGUGGAUGAAUUCAUGAGGCUUACGUACAUUAACCAACGCCACAUGAUAAAUGCAUGGCCAGCUCCAAGAAUUGGUGACAUCAAGGAACAAUGGCCUUUUCUUUUUACCAAGGGAUGGCUCUGCGCCCACUUCCACAUGCUCACUGGAGUUGAGAUCGACCGCAGUCUCAGUGACGCUCUCCAGAGCAAAGGAAAGACCAUUAUCAAUUUCUUCCGAAGUCAGAAACCCAACUGGAGGAGAGGCAUCCAAAGUCUCCUCAAUGACAUUGAAGGUGACGUCAGUGGAAACCUCACAGCCUGUGCUGCCAUUCUUCUGGUGCUGUCCCACUUCAGAGAGAAAGAGGACUCUCUCUUCCUCUUGGCUGAUGUGAAUGACACCCAGAUGGAUGUAGAGGCUCAGUUGCAUUUGCCGGCCACUCCAAGACUUAUCAUGCUUGGGAGUUCCCUGCUGGCUUCAUCUAAGUGGAUGGUGUCGAUCGAGGGGAGAGUGGUCUGUGUUUUGGAUAAUCAGUCCAACUUUGCUGCUGCCCUCUCUGUACUCUUCGGAUGUUUCUACGUGUUCAAUACAGAGUACCAGGAGACAGCCUCAGCAACACUGGAGCUUAUUCAGAGGUUUCUAGUAGGGAUCAACCCAAAUGAAGGAACCAAAUGCUCUUCAUACCUUGAUUCAGAAGUCGGGGUGAGCCGCAGGACUGGAAGAGUUGUGCAAAGGAAGACCGAUGCAGUUGCCACCUUCCUCAAAGACCUGACCGAAUUUGAAUGGUGAACCAGUUUCAUAGGAGAUGCAAACACAAGGAUGCACAUACAUGAUGCAUAGCUUCAAAUGUUAUAUUGUUGCUCUUGUUUAAUAUCAAUCAAUCACCACUACAGAUUGCAAUUGAGUUCUAUCAUCUAUCAUGAUAUGCAUCUUGGAAUAAUUGUUAUAUGUUUCUGUUGGCUGGCCCUGACUUUUAUGUUAUAAUGAUGUUCUAAAUGAUUACCAGAAGUGUUUUUUUGUUGACAGAUUUCUUUAAGACGUUUUGUUUACUUACUGUAAACAAAAUCAGUGUGAUAAAUUCAGUUUUUUUCAGAAUGAGUUCCCAUUUCACUACAGUGUUAAAGGGGCAGUGAAGUUAAACUUGAUUGUCCUGCUUUUUGUUAUAUUUCCACACAAUGAGGUUGAAAUAAAACUCAGAAUUUGUAAAAAUGA